AGUGUUAUCGGAUUUGAGGAAUCCAUAGUCUUUCACAGAAAUCUAUGCAGACUUAUACUCUUGUUUCACAUCAAAACACUUCGCAAAUUCACAAAACUCGCCGAAGCUAGAAGGUGACGUUCCGGAAUCAUGGGCUGGAAUUAGCAACGUCGGCCGACGCGUUGGAUUUUCGAGCAGCAACUGUGCGAUGUAUGAAACGCACAUGACAAUGGAAUGCCUGGAAAAGUCACUCGCAGGGGGGGGGAGAUUUGCGUCUCUCUUUUCACGGCAGAGGACGGGAUGCAAAUCUGUGUUUUGGAAACACUCAGCAAUGAGCUUGACAGGAAUCGUUGAAUUUGUUGGGAUUGAUUUGUGUAUGACUCGUCGAACGGUGAGCAAUCCAAGUCGGAACUUUUAUCCUGUGGGCAUGUCUUUGGAGCAGCCCUAAAUUACCCACAAUUGCUCAUGGACAAUUUGCGAAGGCAGAGAGGGUAGGGGGGAGAUUUUGCGCUGUAGCAUGACGUCGCGUGUGUGCGCGUUUUGCGUUAAGGAUGUUGGGCUCUACCGUGAGAAGGUUUGGUCUCGCUUUCAAAUCCGAUUGCAAGUUAGGCCUUGCUGAGGUUUUUCUCGAAGAUAGGCUAUUCAGGAAGCAGAUGUUUGGGUGCUUCACAACGGUGACCGAACGCGAUUUUGAUCGUCAGGAAACGCCAGGAACAAGUCUCAACAGACCCAACUUCGAAAGUGAUGAGAAUAAGUUGUGGUUCUGCAAGUAUUCCACAUUUUUUGACCCCAGGAUUUAUGAAGCAUCGUAUCGCAAUUUGCGGCGCAAGGUCAAGAGGAAGACGAAGGUGAUAGACGAUACUUUCUCUCAGAGCACCAUAGUUCGAGUAAUCCAGCAGAUGAGAGACAGGUCGUUUCAGUUCCAGCCCGUGAAGAAAGAAACGAUUACAACCGCCGAUGGGACACACAUUCCAGUAGGGACACCAUCGUUUUCCGAUCAGGUCGUCCAGGAAGCAAUGAGGUUUAUUCUUGAGCCUGUUUUUGUGAAUUCACGCCCCGACGAGAAUUCUGCUCAGGCAACGUUGCAGAGGGUGCGCAACUGGACUGGCACAACGUGGCUGAUCACUGACCGCACUCCUGGAUUGUUGAACAACUUAGAUCACUCUCUGUUGGGAAAUCUUUUGAUGCGGGGUGUGAAGGACCAACAACUUCAUGACUUGUACUGGAAGCUCGUAAAUGCAGGGCUUGUGGCCACGAUCAACCAGGAGCGACAUAAUUUGACAGGAGUUUCAAAGGGGGGCAUAUUAUGGCCUUUGUUUACAAACGUAUAUUUGAGUGAGUUUGAUGUUCGGCUCAAGGAAUUUGCGUCCAGCAUGUCCAAGUCUCUGCCAACCAAAAAGGAUAAAGGUACCAAGGUUCACUACAUCCGCUACGGUGAUCGAUGGGUGGUAGGCGUGGACGGACCGAAAUCUUUAGCUGUUGAGGCGCAGAACAAAAUCGUGUCAUAUUUGAAUGACAUUCUGAAGCUGAAAAUUGAUAGUGAUAGUAUCACUAUUUCUCAUCUACCGUCUGAAAAAGUGAAUUUUCUCGGAGUUUUGGUGGGAGCCAGGGAUAAGAAGUACGUUGAGAGCUUGGUGGGUAGAAGUGCCGAGCGCGCUUACGGCCGCAUUUUUUUAGAAGCUCCUAUCAACGACAUAGUAGAGAAGCUUGUGGAUCAGGGAUUUGCUGUCAAUCCUGAGUGGCCUCGGGGCAUGAGUGCAUGGAUUCACCUGGAAGCAGAGGAGAUUUUGCGACGGUACAGAAAUAUCAUGACAGGUUUGAUGGAAUACUACUCUAUAGUGGAUAACAACAACAUGAUGCGGAGAGUGUUUUGGCUUUUGAGAUUCUCUGCUAUCUUCACUCUUUGCAGAAAAUGGCGUAUGUCAACUAGAGCUUUGUUUAGGAAGUUAGCUAAUGAUCCACAGUACGAGGAUUUAUUGAAGGGAAGAUUGACUUCUUCACGUCGGUGACUUGCAAUCCUUCGUGCCCACAAGGAGUUCCAUGGCGCAGUCAAGUCAUUGGCAUCAAGUGACUCUUUUUCUACUUUGACAACCUGAACAUGAUCUUUUUAUUUGUGUGUAAUCUAUUGGAAAGCAGCUUUGGGGCGUAUGUACAGUUUAUUUUAUCAACUAAGAAGACUCCAAUCACUGAGAAACAAGCUUGACUCUUA